AUGCACUCGAACGGUAUUUCUCGUGGGCACAAUGGAGACAGUCGACGAAGCAGUAUGGUCGAUGCGACUGGAAGAUUCUGUAGUCAACCGACGACUGGAUCUCCUGAAAUUCUUGUCGGUCUCUGCUACGACGACAAGCACGAAGUAGUCUCCGUUUGUAUCGAAAAAGCAUCCUCACUCGGAUCAGACAACGCUCAUCCGCCAGAUUCAUUCAUCAGAAUCAUCGGGCUCGAUGAGUUCAGCACUGAGCUCUCUCGUCAUAAAACUGACACGGUCAAACACUCAACUCAACCAGUUUACAGUCAUCAUUGCACAAUGAGAUUCUCGAAGGACAAAGUCGAAUCGUCAACAGUCCGUGUCGAAGUCUGGACUGUCACUGGAAUCCUCCGUCGCAAGGUUCAAAUCGGUUCGAUCUCCAUCGGAUUCGCCUCCUCAACGCCAGACGCCAACGAGCAUUGGCAACAGAUGAUGCAGGUAUGA